GACAAAGAACCCCACAGAUUACCAUCAAUACGACGCGGAGGAUGAGGCGGACUGGGAGGAGGGGAGAAUGAACGAGCCUGCCGACGUCCCAAUAUGGACAACAAAGAUAAGGGAGGGGCAGGUCUCAGCCGGCGUGGGGAAGAAGAAGAAGGAGAAGAAGAAGGAGAAGAAGAAGGAGAAGAAGGAGAAGACGAGGAAGAAGAAGAAGAAGAAGAAGAAGAAGAAGAAGAAGAAGAAGAACAAGAAGAGAAGAAGAAGAAGAAGGAGGAGGAGGAGCAGGAGAAGGAGGAGAAGGAGGAUGAUUUCGACAUCAUUCUGGGAAUGCCUUGGCUUGCAAGUGCGGAUCACACGGUCAACUUCCAUUGGCGGAUUCUUAGCGUUCGCGACGCCUUCGGCGCGGAAGUGGCGUGUACGAUUCCUCUACCGUACUCUUCGAUCCGGUGCCAAGUGGUGACGGCCAAAUCAUUCCGGGCGACUUGUGCUUACGAGCAGCCCGAGGAGAUCGGCAUAUGUUUCCUACGGACCGUCGCGGUAGCCGACUCUUCACCCACAGACUUGUCUUCGGACCCCAAUGUGGUACGGUUGCUGGACGAGUUCGCCGACAUCUUCGAGUCACCUACCGGUGUGGUGCCGGGUCGGCUGAUCUCUCACGAGAUCAUUCUUGAGGUCGGUGCCGUGCGGCCGAAAGGUUGCAUCUAUCGGAUGAGCGAGGAGGAGCUUGAGGUACUCCGCGCACAGCUCGAUGAUUUGUUGGCCAAGGGUUGGAUCCGCCCAAGUAGCUCCCCAUAUGGAGCACCAGAUCUCUUCGUCAGGAAGAAGAACAAGGAUCUACGAUUGUGUGUUAACUACCGCAAGCUCAACGCGCAAACCGUCAAGAAUGCGGGGCCUCUUCCUCGCAUCGACGAUCUUCUCGAGCCGCUGGGCGGUGCGAAGUAUUUUUCCAAGUUGGAUUUGAAAUCAGGAUAUCAUCAAAUCUCGAUUCAGCCGAAUGAUCGCUAUAAAACCGCAUUCAAGACGCGGUACGAGCAUUUUGAGUGGGUGGUCAUGCCUUUUGGCCUCACCAACGCCCCGGCGACAUUCCAGGCGGCGAUGACCAAUGACUUCCGCGCAAUGUUGGACCGAUUCGUGCUGGUCUACUUAGACCAUAUUCUCGUCUACAGUCGGACAUUGGAGGAUCAGCUUGGACAUCUUCGACGAGUGUUGGAGACGCUCCACCGUGCCAAGUACAAGGCCAACCGUGACAAGUGCGAAUUUGUCCGGCAAGAGCUGGAAUACUUGGGCCAUUUUGUCACACCGGACGGCAUCAGUCCGUUAUCGGACAAGAUUCAGGCCGUCCAAGAGUGGCCGGAGCCUCGGAACGUCACAGAUGUCCGCUCGUUCCUCGGUCUUACCGGCUACUCCAAGAUCGCGGCCCACUUGAACAAGCUUCAGUGCGAGGAUCGACCGUUUGACUUUGGAGAGGAGGCGCGGGGAUCAUUCCUCGCUCUCAAAGCCGCGCUAUUGUAUGCGGAGGUCUUGUGGAUAUACGACCCCUCGCGCCUACACGUGUCACUACGAAUGCGUCAGGCUAUGGCAUUGGUGCAGUCCUCGAGCAACAUGAUGGUGUGGACUGGCAGCCGAUCGAGUACUUCAGCAAGAAAGUGCCACUCGUGCAUUCCAUUGACGAUGCACGCAAGAAGGAGCUCCUCGCCUUCGUCCACGCGCUCAAGCAGUGGUGGCACUUCCUCCUUGGUCGAAGCCAAUUUCGCUGAGUAACGGACAACAAUCCGUUGGUCUUCUACAAGACCCAAGACACCAUCAACAGUACCAUCGCU